AUGGGCGGAGCCUCUCUGACCACGCCCCUCCCUCCCCCAGCCAAUGGCAGCGCCCGGACCCCCAACGGGCUCCAAUGUUUCGGGUGCCCCGAGGAGGGGGGUCCCUGUCCCCCCACCACCAUCGUCCAGUGCUACGACGACCUGAGGGGCUGUUUCCAUGGCAACGUCACCCUCAAACUGGGUAACGUGACGCUGUGGCGGGAGGUUCGUGGCUGCGUGCGGGACGGGAGCUGCUCCCGGGAAUGGCGGGGGGACGACGCGGCCUCGCUCAGCGGCUCCUGCUGCGCCGGCGACCUCUGCAACCGAGACCUGGCCAACAGGACCCUCUUCGACCCCGACCUGCCCCGCCUCGAGCUCCUGCCCCACGGCCACGCCCCCACGGCCACGCCCAAGGCGGCCGAAAACGCCACCGGCGCGCAGAACGACACCGGGGCCAACACCGGGGUUGGCGUGGCCGCCGGUGACAGCGCGGCCACCGGUCACUCCGAUGUGGCCGCGCUUGACCCCGGCGUGGCCGGCGGGGGCAAGAGGGCAGCAGGUGGCAAGAUGGCCGCUGGCGACGGUGGCAAGAUGGCUGCCGGGGAUGGUGGCAAGAUGGCCGCUGGGGGCGGGGACAAGAUGGCUGCCAGUGAUGGUGGCAAUAUGGCUGCUGGGGGCGGGGACAAUAUGGCCGCCGGGGGCGGGGACAAUAUGGCCGCCGGGCGCCAGGGGCGCAAGGAUGGGACCAAGGGCCCAAUCAAGGGCCCGUCGGGGCGGGGCCACCCCCUGCAGGGGCCCGGGUGGCUCCUCCCCUUCCUGUUGUUGCCCCUCCUCCGUUAGGGCGGGGCCUCCUUGUCCCCUCCCCUCUUAGGGCGGGGCCUCCUUGUGCCCUCCUCUUUUAGGGCGGGGCCUCCUUGUCCCCGCCCCCACCGAGGGUCAAUAAA